AUGCACAACAGCACUGCCGAAAUUCCUCACGCGGCUGAGACGCGUAACGAGACUUGGCCCAGCCAGUCGCUGAGCUCCGAGUUCUCCCUGGCUGUGUUGGUGCUGCUGGCUUUCCUCAUGGUGUUGCUGUGUCUGGUGACCAUCCUUGGCAACAUGCUGGUGAUUCUUGCUUUCAUUAUGGACAGGAACCUCAGGCAUCGCAGUAACUAUUUCUUUCUGAAUCUUGCUGUUUCUGACUUUGCAGUGGGUGUGUUCUGCAUACCCCUCUACAUCCCUUACAGCCUGACAGGGAAAUGGCACUUGGGAAGAGGCAUCUGCAAGCUCUGGCUGGUCAUGGACUAUCUCCUCUGCACAGCUUCAGUGUUUAACAUUGUUCUUAUCAGCUACGACCGUUUCCUGUCAGUUACUAAAGCUGUAUCUUACAGAGCCCAGCAGGGAAUAACAUCCAACCCAGCCAUCGAGAUGGUGGCCAUCUGGCUACUUGCCUUCCUCCUGUACUGCCCAGCCAUCCUGUUUUGGGAGCACGUGGCCGGACACAGCGUGGUACCGGUGGAUCAGUGCUAUGCUGAGUUCUUCCACAACUGGUACUUCCUCCUGUGUGCAUCCACACUGGAGUUCUUUGUGCCCCUGCUCCUGGUGACCUACUUCAACGUGCACAUCUUCCACAACAUCCAGCGGCGCCAGCGGCGUGGCAGCGUGCAGGACUGUGAGCCUCCCAGGAGCAGCAGCCUGUCCUGGAGGUUCUGUGGCUUGCCAAGGCCAGGGGCAUCAUCUCCUUCAUCAGAAGCAGAGGAAAGUGUUUCUUCUUCCAUGAAACCAAAGAAAGUAUCUUUGGGAACUGGCUGCUCGUCUCCAUCCACAGACAAUUCUGUAACCUCAGGAAAUGACUUUUCUGUUUCUUUCUGGGCAAAGAUCAGAUCAAAAUUGCAACAGGACAAGAAAAUAGCAAAGUCCCUUGCCGUAAUUGUCUGUGUGUUUGCCAUUUGCUGGGCCCCGUACUCUUUAUUAAUGAUUAUCCGUGGGCCCUGCCAGGGAACUUGUGUCCAUAAUUUCUUCUAUGAAGCAACCUUUUGGCUUUUGUGGAUCAAUUCCUCUUUGAACCCAUUUCUUUAUGCUCUCUGUCAUGUUAAAUUUCGAAUGGCUUUUCUGAAAAUACUAUGUCACAAAAAAUUUGCAACAUUGAGAUCAGGUUCUUUUUAG